UGUAAUUUAUAAAGAAGUUUUUUUGAAAUUACAAAUCAUUUAACUAACUUUUAUACUUUAAAAUAAUGAAAUCUCUAUAUUUCAUUAUAUACCCAUUUAUACCAUUUAAAAAUGAUUUUAAUUUAAUAACUUAACUAUGACCCAUGCAACGCAGGAGGAAAGAACUAAGAAAUUAAUAGUAACAAACAAGGAAAUUUAUACACGAGUUACUUAAAUCAUAAAAUUACUAUGUUGUAUAUAAUUGUAUAUGAAUCAGAAAAUUGCGAUGCACCCGGAAGCGGUUGAGUUUCUCGAGAAUGGAAAAGGAUGCGAAGAUGGUGAAUGAAGAGCACGAGAAGGUUUGCAAGAAAUGCAAGCUUGCGUUCACUUCCCGCUCCAACACCUCUUCUUCCUGCCGAUUUCAUCCUUCCUUUUUCGUCUGCCGCCGUCACGAUGAUCAGAAGAGGUACUACGAGUUGGGACCAAAUGACCCUCCUUAUGCAGCCAAGUUUUAUGACUGCUGUGGUGCUGAAGAUCCUGAGGCACCUGGCUGUGCUGUGGACUUCCAUAUUUCAUAUGAUGAUGACUAAAGAGGUGGAGUUUCUUCACUGCGGCUAGUUAUAGAAAUGUACUGUAAAAGAAAUGGCAUGUUUUACUUCUAUAUUUCAUAUGUUGAUGAUAAUUACCAUUAUUUUGUCCCAAAAAGCCCCAUUUGAAUAAAUAAACAGAAAUAAUUUUCAUAUCCCCCCCCCCCUUUCCUGUAAAAAACUGCAUUCUCAACCUCUUUUUUUCAUAAAAGGGUUAGAUUUUG